CACAUUCAAAACGUUAAAACCACAUUUUACACUCACCUCUUCCUAAUCAAAACCAACAACACACAAACAAGUGUAUAAUGGCUGUUUAUACCAAAUUUGCACUAGCAGUUUUUGUGUUCUUAAUAUCUACAAUUGUUGUUUCAGCCACUGGUUAUGAAUAUAAUGGUGUUAAGCCUAUGCCAUUUCCGGAAAACCACUUCUCCCAUAAGUUUUUGCCGGGGUUUGUAGCUGUUCAAGGUCUUGUUUAUUGUAAAUCAGGUUCUAAACUCAUUCCACUCAAAGGAGCCGUGGCUAGAGUUACAUGUCUUACAACCAGACCGAAUGGAUACGAAGCAGCUCCAGUCUCCAUCUCAAGUAGUCCCACAGAUGCAAAGGGCUAUUUUUUCAUAACCUUGUCAAAACUGGUUAAGGACGGAAAGAGGAUAAAAGAGUGCAAGGCAUUUCUUGAAAAAUCUUCAAUGGAGACAUGCAAAGUCCCUACUAACAUCAACAAUGGAACAAGCGGUGCUCUUCUUCGGGCUCCUAGGCUCCUCAAGAGCAUCAACUUAUAUUCAGUUGCCCCUUUCUUUUACACCAUGCACUAAUCAAAUCUACCCAAUCGUUGGUAACUAGUUAUAUAUGUUGAGCUCACGAUCGAGCAACAUUUUUUUUGUUUGGUUUUGUCUGAUUCCUUUUGAGUUUAUUUGUGGUUGAUUUCGUUGUUCGCAUGGUUUAUGUUGUUAAACAUCAUUGUAACACCGGCUUUAUUAUUAUCAUUUUCCGAGAGCCUUUUUUUGUCCACUGUUGUCUGUUGUGGGGGCGCUGGCUGUUUUAAUAUUUUAGUUUCGUUCUUUCUUA